AUGGCGGAUCCCUCGCAGCUCACCAAGUCUGGAAUCGCGACAGACGCCACAACCGGUGAACGAUUCAUUCCCUCCUCCAUCCGUGCAGAUGGCACCAGACGCCGCGAAAUCCGAGUCCGACCGGGCUACAAACCCCCGGAGGAUGUCGAAUUGUACAGGAACAAGGCCGCUCUGGCGUGGAAAAACCGUGGUCAUGGUGGGGUGCCGGGUGCUGAAGGAGUGAAGAAUGACAACCCCGACUCCAGUGUUAAAAGCGAGAGCAAUACGAAUCCUACAAGUGCUACAAGCAACAAGAACGCGAAACGCAGAGAGGCGAAGAAGAAGAGUAAAGCUACGGAGGGUGAAACUAGUAGUGAUGGGGAUGGUGCUCAGAAGCCCGCAGAGAAGACUACUGAAGAAGCAUCUAUGGAUCUAGAAGCUGAGAAUGAGAAGAAGGCACGGAAUUUGAAGAAGAAAUUGAGACAGGCACGCGACCUGCGGGACAAGAAGCAGCAAGGCGAAUCCUUGCUUCCGGAGCAGUUGGAUAAAAUCAUCAAAAUCACCGAAUUGGUGCGUCAGCUGGAUUCUCUUGGUCUCGACUCGAAUGGCGAUAAGAAGGGUUUGGAUGGAGAAGGAGAAAAGGAGAAGAAGGAGAAUGCCUAA